UUGCAAUUUCCCGUCGCCCAAUCAGGUGUCCUUGAAAUCGGUGCCAUGCCUCACAUUUCUAUAUUCCUUUCCGGGGCCGUGGGUCGAUCAUGUUGGCUCAAGGUGACUUCACCCGCGUCCAAUACUGCACACGAUGUCUUGUACCCUACCCAGUGGGUGAUUGUAGCUGGCCGUUCAUCAGGCAAAUCAUGCGCGUGUGUACCGCUGCUGUGCAGGUAGCAGUAGUUCAUGCAUUGCGAACUUCCCCGACUGUGUUGCGGUCGGAAGCGGUUCCAUGUCGCAGUACAGCUUCACCAUUCCAAGAUUCAAGUUUUUCUCUUAUGUGGGACCAGAUCGAUAAAGGUACUUGGCCAUAUAUGUAUCACGGUCAGCCCAUCUACAUGGGGAGAUAUGAGCAGCCAGCAAAAUAUGCAGAUCGUCCAGGCGAACGUUCACCCAAACGCAUCAAAGUUGGAUGUGACGCAACUGAUCCUCACGGCCACAUGUGUAUUUUCUUUGCUGGCACGUUGAUGCGUGCGGUCUUUCCAAGCGCUGACAUUGAGAUCAUACCUGGGCCGUCAAACAGAAGCCAGGAGGCUGAUAUUGCUUUUAUAGCCCAGCAUAAUGCAGCUGACGAUGUUUGCAUGCCUGAGCGUCGUUACCAAGAGGAUCUCGCUCCUUUCAACCAUACUCCUGGUUGGAACAAUGGCGUGUUGUGGCCUCCAAAUGGGAAAGUUCGCUUGCACAAAAAAAAACGCCCAUUUUGUGUUUGCCAAGAAUAUGAAGCAUCAGUUCCAAACUUCGUCCCUGGACAAUGUGACGCGCACAUAGCGCCUUUUCAUAACUAUCUGUUCGUUGACGAACAUAGUCAGGGCCCCGUUAUUUACAUGCCGGAGUCUUAUCGUGAUUUUGGAAUGCGUUGGUUAAACACCCCUCUGGACGCGACAUUUGAUCGCACUGUCCAUGAUGACGCCACCGCGUCGCAGCCGCUGUCAACAAUUUGCAAGACCAGUCGAUUGACCAAAGACAAGUUCAUGGCUUUCAUGCACGGCACAUGUUGGAAAGACCAUUACUCAACUGCUGAUUUCUGGCUGCGUAUUGCGCUAUUCGAUGAGUUAGCUGAACAUUAUAAGGCACCAGAUGCUCUGGCUGAGUGCAGGGGCCGUCCAGCCUCCAAGGGCCCCCCAGAUUCUUGGGAGUCUGUGGCACAGAAGAUGAUUGAAUACAAUUUGUCGCUGCAGAGCCGUAGAGACAUACGAAGGUUCCAUCCCGCUACUUGGGCAGAUGAGGCUGUACUCGCGUGGGAACCAUUCAGAUUUGCAGUUGUGUUUCAAAAUUCGCAUGAAGCUGGAGGCGUGUCAGAAAAGAUCGUACACGCGUGGUUGGCAAGAUCAGUGCCGGUUUAUUCUUUUGGACCCUCAGACGCCCUGGUGGAUCACAACCCCGACAGUUUUAUCAACUGUGGGUUCACCAAUUUGGAUUCCAACUUGGAUACGAUCUGGAAGUUGCAAAAGGAGCUUGAGCGCAAGAUGGAGAGCGAGGGCCGCGUCGUCGGAGAGUUUGUGGGCGGCCGCCAGUACGCGGAGGAGUCCCCUGAGUUCGAGAGCAUAGUGAAGCUCACACGAGACAUGUUUGUUGGCGAUUUCCAGGAGUGCGUGAAGAAAAUCAGAGAGGUCGAUGAGGACGAAAAGGCUUGGUUGCGCAUGGUUCACACGCCGGUCCUCAAAGACAAUUCGCUCGAGGGAUCUGUUUUUGACAUGCACACGUAUGCGCAGCGCCUUCGCGAAGUUCUUCGAGCCACGGGCAGUGGACUUUCCCCAUAGUGGAUCGCCAGGCAAAAUAGGCUCCAGACGUUCUGAUGGUGCCCUCAUCAAAAGAAAGAGGAGAGCAGCAUUCAUAUUCUUGACGCUUCGCGUAUCCCCACCAGUAUGCGGAGACAGGCAGACAGGCGUUCCUACAGCUCCUCAUUCCUAUCA